AUGUCCUCCGUUACAUCGCUUUACCGACGGUCCCUGAAGCUGUCCCUUGACUGGGCUGUCCACCGCCAGAUCUGGCGCGGUCAAGCAGUCUACAUCCGAUCCCUGUUCGAGGCCAACAAGGACGUUCGCGACCCUCGCCAACAGCAGGUCUUGUUGCGCGAGACCGAGAAGCUACUCGAGACAUGGAAGCACCCCGAUCCCUACCGGGCACCUACUGCGCCCGGUGGUAACAAGUGGGAGCGCAACCUCCCCGCCCGAAUCUUGCCAUAUGCCCAAACCCCUGCUGCUCACUAA